AUGCAGGAGAGGUAUGCAGAACAGGCCCAUGAAGACUGGCGCCGAGAUGUCUCGCAUCGUCUCACUCAGAUCCGGCAGAAGCCCCGCCUGAACGAUGCGUUGAACGUGUUGGUCUAUCAGCUGAAGCGAGACGGCCUGACGGAGGGCGAACUCUUCGAGCGGAUCGAUGCCAACAAGGAUGGGGAACUGAGCAAGUCGGAGCUCCAGUCGGCCUUGCGGAAGCUGGGAGUGUCGCUGUCGACCUCGGAGCUGGACGGAAUCCUUCGUAUUUUCGACUCGGACGGAAGCGGUUCCAUCGCCGCUCGGACGGUUGAGCGCGCGCGUCCUUCGGUGGCUCCCGGUGGACGGAGGCGGAGGCGGAGCGGAGGAGCUGAGUGGAGAGGAUCGGGGAUCGGUGGAGUGCGGUUUUGGGGGGGGUUCGAGACUUGA